CACAUCAUUUUGCCUUCCUGUGGGCCUCUGUGGGAAACACGAUUCCAGCUACAUUCUGGGCCAUGUAUUAUCUUCUGCGGCACCCAGAAGCUCUUGCAGCGGUGCGUGACGAGAUUGACCAUUUGCUGCAGUCAACAGGUCAAAAGCGAGGGCCCACAUAUAACAUCCACCUCACCAGAGAACAAUUGGACAACCUAGUCUAUCUAGAAAGUGCCUUAAAUGAGAGUUUACGAAUGUGCUCAUCCUCCAUGAACAUUCGCAUCAGCCAGGAGGAUUUUGUUCUCAAGCUUGAAGGAAAUCAAGAAGUUGGUUUGAGGAAAGGAGACUGGAUAGCCCUUUACCCUCAGAUUUUACACAUGGACCCUGAGGUCUAUGAAGAUCCUAAGGAGUAUAAGUUCGAUCGCUACAUAGAGAAUGGCAAGAAGAAAACCACAUUCUACAAGGCAGGAAGAAAACUGAAGUAUUUCCUAAUGCCCUUUGGCUCUGGGAUCAGCAUGUGUCCAGGAAGGUUCCUCGCAAUGAAUGAGAUGAAGAUGUUUCUUUUCUUACUAUUGGCUCAUUUUGAUGUAGAACUAGUGGAAAACAAAGCUGUCAGACUUGAUAACAGUCGUAUGGGCCUUGGUAUCCUCUUGCCAGAUGUUGAUAUUGCAUUUCGUUACAAGCUAAGGUCCUUACGAAAGUGAGCAGCUGCAUAUAUGCCUUCUACUAAUCUCCAUGGUUUUGCUCUGUUUCAUUACUCAGCUUUGUAUUUCUUUUGGAAACAUUUGCUUUUACCUCUUUGCUUCCUAUUUGUUUCUAAGGAGAAAAGCCCUUAGGCUGGAGGUAGAUAUCAGAUGCGGGGACAUGCAACCUCAGUUUGCCCUACCUGAGUUGUGAGUAGUUAGGUGAGAUGACAAGAGUUUGGCCAAGUAAAUAGCCCAACAUCCCUACAAGAUGAACCCACAUACUCUUGGCCAUGCGUUGAGUAG